UUCAGCUUAGACAUCAUGGACAUGUCAAAAGAACAAGGUCAUGCGUCAGUUUAUCCGUCAAGUGGUGAGCCAUACCACCCACCAGCGCCUCCGUCAUACGAUGCAGUAACCUCAUCCAGUGCACCUCCACAAGUCCACACCGCAAGUCCACAAUAUGUCAACACAGGACCAACGAUCAUCACCACAGGACCUCAAGUGUAUAGAGCAGGCCCUACAAUAAUCACAACGCAGCCCGUGUUCACCCCAACGGUAAUGGCGGUUCUAGGAUCGUCUCCAUCAUUGACCGUCUGCCGAGUUUGUAACUGCCAGGUUCUAACCAGAGUGGACUCGGAACCGUCGAUGAUGACACACUUAUGUGCUGGCAUUUUAUGUAUUACUGGACUAUGGCCAUGUGUUUGUCUUCCCUACUGCAUGGGUUCUUGCUACAACAACGACCACUACUGCUCCAACUGCAACGCGCAUAUUGGCCGUAGCCAAAACUACUAGCUUUUUCCCUAAAGCCCAUUGUAUACCAAAGUUUAGAGAAGAACUUUCGGAUCUAAAGUCUUGUAUGUUUUUUUUAAAAAACAACAAGCAGUGACCAUAAAACAUGUAUUUGAAUCGUUUAUUUCAAUUUUAAAUCCAGAAACAUUAGUUUCAUAUUCAAAAUGAAAACUUAAGAAUGAUAAGAAGAAAAGUGUUAUAGCAACCAAUAGUGUACGUUAGUCAAAAUAACACAUGCACUGUACAUUAUAAAACAUUCCUUUUACUUUGGUAUAUAAUGGACCUAACGUCAAAGAUGUCGCAAUUGAGUGUAAUUCGACCUGUAUUACGACACACAGCCUUUAAAAAAGAAAUUACCUG